GACACACAAUAAAAACAACCAGGAUGUCUGCAGCUAAAGGUGUAGCCAUCGGCAUCGACCUGGGCACCACCUACUCCUGCGUGGGUGUUUUCCAGCACGGAAAAGUAGAAAUCAUCGCCAACGACCAGGGCAACAGGACCACCCCCAGCUACGUGGCGUUCACUGACACCGAGAGGCUCAUCGGGGACGCAGCCAAGAACCAGGUGGCCUUGAACCCCAGCAACACCGUGUUCGACGCCAAGAGACUGAUUUGGAGGAAGAUUGACGAUUUGGUGGUGCAGGCGGACAUGAAGCACUGGCCCUUCAAGGUGGUCGGAGACGGAGGGAAGCCCAAGAUUCAGGUGGAGCACAAAGGGGAGAACAAAACCUUCUACCCCGAGGAGAUCUCCUCCAUGGUCCUGGCCAAGAUGAAGGAGAUCUCUGAGGCCUACCUCGGCCAAAAGGUGUCCAACGCGGUGGUCACAGUCCCGGCGUACUUCAACGACUCCCAGAGACAGGCAACUAAAGACGCCGGCGUCAUCGCGGGACUGAACGUUCUGAGGAUCAUCAACGAGCCGACGGCGGCCGCCAUCGCGUACGGUCUGGACAAAGGCAAGUCGGGAGAACGUAACGUCCUGAUCUUUGACCUGGGCGGAGGCACCUUUGACGUGUCCAUCCUGACCAUCGAAGACGGCAUCUUUGAAGUCAAAGCCACGGCCGGAGACACUCACCUGGGUGGAGAGGACUUUGACAACCGCAUGGUGAACCACUUUGUGGAGGAGUUCAAGAGGAAACACAAGAAGGACAUCAGCCAGAACAAGAGGGCCUUGAGGAGGCUGCGCACAGCUUGUGAGAGGGCCAAGAGGACCCUGUCCUCCAGCUCCCAGGCCAGCAUCGAGAUCGAUUCUCUGUUUGAGGGCGUCGACUUCUACACCUCCGUCACCAGGGCUCGCUUUGAGGAGCUGUGCUCCGACCUGUUCAGGGGAACUCUGGAGCCCGUGGAGAAGGCCCUGAGGGACGCCAAAAUGGACAAGGCUCAGAUCCAAGACAUCGUCCUGGUUGGAGGCUCCACCCGCAUCCCCAGAAUCCAGAAGCUCCUGCAGGAUUUCUUCAACGGCAGGGAGCUGAACAAGAGCAUCAACCCCGACGAGGCGGUGGCUUACGGCGCCGCCGUCCAGGCCGCCAUUCUCAUGGGCGACACCUCGGGCAACGUCCAGGACCUGCUGCUGCUGGAUGUGGCGCCUCUGUCCCUGGGCAUCGAGACGGUCGGAGGAGUCAUGACGUCUCUGAUUAAACGCAACACCACCAUCCCCACCAAACAAACCCAGGUCUUCACCACCUACGCUGACAACCAGCCCGGCGUCCUCAUCCAGGUCUACGAAGGGGAGCGAGCCCUGACCAAGGACAACAACCUGCUGGGCAAGUUUGAUCUAACGGGAAUCCCGCCGGCUCCACGAGGGGUCCCGCAGAUCGAGGUCACCUUCGACGUGGACGCCAACGGCAUCCUGAACGUGGCGGCGGUGGACAAGAGCACCGGCAAAGAGAACAAGAUCACCAUCACCAACGACAAGGGCCGACUGAGCAAAGAAGAGAUCGAGAGGAUGGUGCAGGACGCCGACAAAUACAAAGCUGAGGACGACCUUCAGAGGGACAGGAUCUCUGCCAAGAACUCCCUGGAGUCCUACGCCUUCAACGUGAAGAGCAGCAUGCAGGACGAGAAGCUGAGGGGCAAAAUGAGCGCCGAGGACGAGAAGAAGCUGACGGAGAAGUGUGAGGAGACCAUCGCCUGGCUGGAAAACAACCAGCUGGCUGAUAAAGAUGAGUACCAACACAAGCAGGAGGAGCUGGAGAACGUGUGUAACCCCAUCAUCAGCAAGUUGUAUCAGGGAGGAAGAGCUGCAGGCAGCUGUGGAGAGCAGGCACGAGCCGGCUCCCAGGGGCCCACCAUUGAGGAGGUGGACUAAGAUGGACCCUCCAUGUGGACUCUUUAUCACUGUUAUCACUGGGACUGAUUGAAAGACGACUGGAGCUUUAUACCUCAUGUUCAUGUGUUUGUAUAAAUUAUCAUCACUGUGUUAACGCUGCUAAGAUUCUAAACUUUUGGUUAAUAAGUGCCAUCUUAUAAUAUAUUACUCAUCUCUGCCUUGCUGGGCAUUGCAAUAAAGAUGAAACAUAAAUUGAUAGUAAAAAAUUAUGUAUUUUAUUUGAAUGUUUUUUGUUAUUGAUUUUUGGUCUUUGUUAAGGAUAUUUGUGUUCAUGCUGUGACAACACUACAAGAACAUUGUUUAAUAUGACAGUAUUUGUAUGUUGCUCUCCUGAUAUUUUCUGUUUUGUUGUUGGAUUAAAAAAAAGUGGGAAAAAUAUAUAUAUAUAAACUUUUUAUAAUUAUUUUGGAUUCAUUUGUAUGGUUUUUAGCUUAAUUAAUUUAAAAUAAUUGAAUAAUCCAGACAUUAAAUUACAAAAUACAAUGUUUCUAAUAAGAAAAUAGAGCUUUGUUUAUAAUGAGGGAAAUUGUUUUAUUAUUUAUUUUAUUUCAUUAGAACAAUGAUGUUUAAAUAUAUUGUUUUAAAGCUAAUGAAAGUUAUAUUCAUGCACUGGUAAUAAUAUUUAAAAAAUAUUAUAGGAAGCUCAAGUUACUGCCUCCUAAAAGGUCUUGAGUGAAGAACUUUGUAAAACAAAUAUUUUCACCCACAGAAAGUUUGACAAAAGUAGCAGUAGUUAUUAAAGUUCAAUCCUUUACAAGAGUGUGUGAAAAUAUGUUGUUUACAGAUGAGAUAUGAUGGUUAACUUCAUGAAUUACAUUCCUCCACUGCUGGUGUAAAAAUGGAAUAUAACUCAGUUAAAAGUCUUAUUGAG